AGGGUACACAGCAAUUUAUUCAUAGUAUCCGUCCCGUAAGCGUCAAUGAAUGGAAGUUAUAUUUUUAGAAUUUCAUCAAAGGUUAAUAAAAAUGAAGGUGUACUUGCAUUAUUUCUCAUUUGCUGGUUAUUAACCAAGCUCAGCAAGUGUUUAUGACGAUGGGGAGCUUGCACUGGAGAAGAAAUGAAUUACAAACUUUUACUCCAGCAAACAGUACUAGGUGUCACAAGGACUGAAAAUGCAUUGGGGAACGGUUGAGGAUGGACCCAAAUACAUUUCCUUGUGAAAUAAGGAUUACUUAUACGAGGAAAAGUUAGCAUCAGCCGAAAAGAUAUCAAGGAGGCGCAAACUUUGGCUCAAUAAUUACCAGCAGUUUGUUUCUGAUAAUGACCUCUCCCCCCCAGAUUAAAGAUUUACUUUCCAGGUUAACUAGAUCAAACAGUUGGAUUUCCUAUAACUUCCAAAUCCCGCAUUGUUUUUUCCUAGCUUUAAAUGAAGAGACUCACAUGUUUAUCUUUUCAUACAAGAAAGAACUGAUCCAAUUAACUUAUCGCUGCAUAUCCCGUUGAAGACCAUGACGAAAACUAGAGUACUAUUAGAAACAUGUAAUGCAUACUUGUGCACACAUGAUUUGAUGUCAAGCAAAUUAAACCAAUAAUUGUACCAACAAAGUUCGAUCGAUAAGCUCAUGUUAAAAAAAUGGUCACAUUAAAUGGUGAAAGCAAUGAAAGUGUGAUCAUACCCUUUUCAUCAUCUUACAAGUGUGUUCACUUGCCUAUUUACAUACAUAUGUACGCAGCUAAUGUAUACACAGCUCGCUAAUAAUACAAAUGUGCAUAGCUAAUCAAGGAACAAGACCAUCCUUACAGCAUUUGUAUAUAAUGUCCUGCUUGCAUAAACAUCCCAGGAUAAAUAAAAACCUGACUGUCGAGCCUGUUAUACGCAAUAAGGGGAUUAUUUGCGAACUCUCAUUUUGGCGAUGUGAUGAGCAUUUGUUUAUGACCGUGCUCAUGAUUAUUACAAAAAACUGAUCGAACCAUACACACUCUUCCGUUACGUGAAUAGCACAUUACACAUCUUGCGUGCAGAUGGUUGGAUUACAUAUGCAUGGCAUGGCUAAUAUGUACGGGUAGAACGGGUAGAACUCAUUAGUGGAAUAUUAUGGGAUGGAUUAUUUCUUACAAUCUCUUUCACUUUCGUACUUUCUCCUCCUGCUGCGGAAGGAAAAAUGUGCUGUGGUGACAAUUUACAAGCUCAGGCUAGGAAUGUGGCUCGUUUUGAAAUGGUAGUAUGCACUUUUGUCCUGGUUUUUGCUGCUCCAACCUGGGUGUACAUGGAUAUGGAAUAUCCAGACCGAAGCAAAGACCACGCCGUGCUUUAUGCUAUUUUCGUUGGUGGAGCCACGAUUGAGCUUGCUGUAUCCACAAUUCUUUACACUGGAACAGAGCAGGACAACAUUUCAAAGUGUGCGACGUGGUUGUCCAUAAAUGUCAUUGGACUUAUAAUGUGCACUGUCGAUACUAUAAUCACCAUAAUUUCAACACUUGAUUUGCCUCAAAGUUUGCCAAAAAUUAUAUUCAAUGGAUUAAAUUACUAUUUUCUCUUCAUUGUAAACUCGUACAUGAACGAAAUAAAAGGAAAUAAGCAGUUGCCAGAAUGUAGUCAACCCGUGCUGUAUUUAUAAGUAUUUAGCUCUAAUCGUUGUGACAAUUUCGAAGUGGAAGUUUCAUCUGCCAGAUUACAUGUGGAAUAAAGUACGGUUUAUACAGGUAUUCUUGAGAAGUUGGAUACCAAGUUUGUGCGAACCACCGUAUGUAACAUGUACAUAAAUAUGUAAAUAUACAAGUCGCCAAGAUAUGAAUAAACAAAAUUAUAUGCGCA